GUUUAGUGACAGUUAUGUUCCGUUUUUGUAUGUGUUAAAUUUUAGUUUAGUUCUUAUUUUGUUUGCUUUGUUUGUUAUUUUUAUUUUUUCUACGCCUGCUGAUUGUCUUAGAAUAUACAGCCUACCAUUUUCGGUACGGUAGCAUCUGACCUCGUACCAAAAGACUGUUCAAAUCGAAGGAGCUUACCGCAGACACCGCAAACCAAAAGUUUCGCCAAUAUAUUCAACAGCGAGGCCAGCCAGGAAGGUUCUGCAGAGUCCACAUUGCAGCAGGACAAUGCCCUUGUUUACCGGGACGGUAAUUUAAUCUCCGGUCCCCUGGAAGCAUUGAUUCAACAUAUGGUUCCCACCGAACAGUAUUAUCCAGACAGAGCAUACCUAUUCGCGUUUCUUUUGUCUUCGAGGUUAUUUAUCAAACCGCACGACCUCUUGGCCAAAGUUCGAUCGUUGUGCGAAACUCAACAGGGACUUGCAGCCAAACCCACGGGAAGUACAGCACAGGCGAGGUUUGCGGAACACUUGGUACAGCUGUUGGCGGAAUGGACAGAGACCUUUCCUUAUGAUUUUAGAGAUGAAAGAAUGAUGGAACACGUUCGUAAGAUAACUCAACAAUGCUGUGUGAUAAACUCAACCCUUCGAGCCAAUGUAUCCGCUCUUUUGCAUAAUCUUCAUCCCAGACUGACAGCCCUUGAAGCCUAUGAAAAGUCGUUGGAAAACCAAUGCUCGCACGUCGAUGAAAAUUUUACCGAUAUCUCUGAAAUUUGCCCAAACCCCGCCAUACUAGCUCAACAAUUGACCCACGUAGAAUUGGAGAGGCUAUCGUUUAUAGGGCCUGAGGAAUUCGUGCAAGCAUUUGCCAAGGAAAAUCCUAAUUUGGAGACUUCUUUCAAAGAUAUGAAGAAAACGCACAAUUUGGAACAGUACGUCCAAUGGUUUAAUAGACUGAGCUAUUUUGUAGCAACACAAGUUUGUAAAUAUCAAAAAAAGAAAAUGAGAGUUCGAGUUGUGGAGUAUUGGAUAGAAACUGGAAGAGAGUGCUUUAAUAUCGGAAACUUUAACAGCCUGAUGGCCAUAAUUGCAGGACUCAAUAUGUCGCCGAUAUCAAGGUUAAAAAAGACGUGGAGUAAAAUUCAUUCUGGCAAGUUCGCCAUUUUGGAGCACCAAAUGGAUCCCAGUAGUAACUUCAGUAGUUACAGGAGUACCCUAAAGGCAGCGAUGUGGAGGAGCGAAGGAGCUACAGAUCAGAGACAGAGAAUCGUUAUUCCUUUCUUCAGUUUAUUAGUUAAGGAUCUUUAUUUUCUCAACCAAGGAUGUUCAAACAGGUUACCAAAUGGCCAUAUCAAUUUCGAUAAAUUCUGGCAACUAGCAAAACAAGUAACAGAGUUUAUGGCAUGGAAGCAAGUAACCUGCCCAUUUGAAAAGGAUCCCAAAGUGAUAAAUCUUCUUCAACAUGGUCCAAUACUUAAUGAAAACGCUCUGGCUCUGGCUAGUUUCGAGUGCGAACCUCCAGAUAACAAUCAGGAAAAGGAACGAUGCAAAACACUUAAAGCUGAUCCUUCUGCCAAUUAAAUAGGAGAUACGAUAGGGGUGUACAUGUGAGGUGGUUGAUAUUAUUAGCUAACUUCCGCUUAUCCUAUUUUUGUACAGUCGGAUCAAAAUAUAACAAUUUUUCUCGUUUUAAACGCAUGUAUAAUGUUUAUGUAAACAAUUGAUUGUGUUAUAAUCUGUCUACUACUAUUUUUUAGUUAACUCAAUUAAAAACAAAGAAAAACAAAAUAAAGUAAUCGUCAAAUUUAUAAAUCCAAGUUGUGAAUUAAAAUCUAAAGAUGGAUUAAACAACACUUCUCAUCGCA